UUAUCAUUGUAACACAAAGUUCCCAAGAUUCCCAUGGAGUCCUUUGUUAUCUGUUAAGGUCAUAUUUUUUAUUCCAGUAAUAUUUCUUCCUCCAAGGUUCCUUGACACCAAGCAAACAAUAUAAAAUGAGGAAAGGAUGGUAGUAGCUGGAAGAAAUCACCUGCGAAAGCCAGACUGCUGAAGUGAGGUCUGGUGGUUCAGACAUUGCCUGAAGAGCUAUGAAGAGCUGGCUGCUCCUGAUUGCUGCUUUUCUUAUCUGGCCAGGCUGCUCUUCUCAAAAUAAAAUUACAUGCAACUCUCCAAGAAUCUCAAAUGGUUCUUUCCGACCUAAAAGAAGUAUAUACUAUGAUAGGGAUCUAAUCCAAAUUCAGUGUAACAAUGGAUUUACCUUUGAACCAGAUAAUGGAGGACAGGUGGUUGAAUGCACAAAAAAAGGAUGGUCACCUCCACCAAAAUGUGUCUUAGAAAUGACUUGCCAGAUAGAUCAUAUUGAACAUGGAACCAUAUUAUCUGCAAAGUUUGUUUAUAAGGAAGGUGAGAGAAUAUGGUUCUCCUGUAAUGAAGGAUACAGAUAUGUUGGCAGACCAGAUGCCUUAUGUACUAAGAAUGGAUGGAGUACAAAACCUCAAUGUACAAAAAUUCAGUGUCCCCCUCCAGAAGUGAGGAAAGGUUACAUUCAACCUAGCCGAUCUCAAUACAUGUACAAUGAUGAAAUUACAAUAUUCUGUCGUAGAAAUAAAUUUUCUAACAUUAUGAGACUCCCCUGCAAAAUUUCUAAAUGUACUGCUAAUGGUUGGAACCCCCCUGCUCUCUGUGGAGGCCUCAGACAAUGAAUGACGGCAGCCCAUUUUAUCCAGCAUGUGGACGUCAGUAAUCACAAAUAAUUUUCUUUAAUAACCCUACAUGAAACUUCACUGUGUUUGUUCAAUCCACGAACUAUGCAACUGUUGACUAUGGAUCUUGAAGAUAAGAGUCUACUUUCUAAAAGCUGCAUUUUAGUACUUAUUAUUAUUGGUGAAAUGGUAAUGCAAUUUUCAAUAAAUAUAUAGGCCAUUUUUAACUAUUAUAAUAUGUGAUAUACAUUUUUCAAAAUGUACCUGAAGUCAAUAAUGUAACAAUGUAUAAAUUUUAGCCAAAACAUUUGAUUAAUGAGAAUUACCAAUCAUUAACCUUUCUUAAAUCAGUGACAAUGGAACAUUGAAAUUGAUAUUUUAGAAUGAAGAAGUGUUGAGUUCAUUAAAUGAAUAAAAUUCAUCUGCAAAAA